CUUGUGUCAAUAUUUACUAUCUUUUAUAUUAUUUGUUUUUAUCCUUCUAAAAAAUUAGAAUUUUUUUAAAUUAAUGAUAAAUUCAGCGAGAUUACUAAAUACUGCGACGAAGGAAAUAACUUAAUUGAAGAUAAAAUAUCAACAUGGUUUCCACAACAUCGGGGAAUGGAAAUCUAAUGGAUGAAUUUGAAGAAGCGUUUCAAGCAUGCCUUCAUGCUUUAACGAAACAAGAAUCUUCUAAUGGAGUAGAUAAAGAUGAAAUAGAUGUAGAAGUUCAACAAACAGCAAACAAAUUUAUAGACGUAGCGCGUUUGAUGGAAGCAUUUUUUUUACAAAAAAGAUAUUUAAUAUCAACUCUGAAACCAGAAAUGCUGCUUAAUGAUGAAAAUCAAGAACUCAACAAUGAAAUAAAAAGAAAAAACGCUUUAAUUAACAAACACUACCAACGAUUAGAGGAAUGGAAAGCAAUGCUCGCCGACACGCAACAACAACAGCAACAAAGUUGUACUAAGACGGCUCCUGGACAAAAUAUGAUUCCUGAACAAAGAACCGUGCCAAUUCCAAGUACAUCAGGGGGCCAAAUAGGUAGUCAAGUGAAUAUGAUUAAUUCUGGUAAUUCUAUGCAUCCACCUAUAAUGCAGCAACAGCAACAAAUGAUGCAAUUACAUCAAAUGCAACAAAUGCAAAAAAAUGUAAACCCAGAUAUCAAAUACAAUAAGAGAAAAUUUUAAAGAAAAAAUUAUCUAUGUAAGAAGUAUACAUAUUCUAGUAUUUAUUUUAAUAAAUUGGUAAACUAAAUAUUAAAUUAAGCAAGAGCUACAUAUAUGCAAGACAAAUAUUUAUUUUGUAUAAAAAGUAUAUAUUCACAGAUAAAAAACAUAUUCAACCUUAAAUAAAAAAAAUGAUUGU